AUGGUGGAGUACCUUAUAUCACACAAGGCCCUGCCAGCAAAUCUCCCAAAAGACUUGACAUUGUUAAGGUCAUCUGCAGAUAUGCCUAGGAAGUUGGUCCCUGGUGAGAUCUAUUGCCAUAAGUGUCCAGGAAAAGUUCCUCUGUCAGAUCCGAUAGCCAUAUCGAACAAAGCCAAGAUUGUCACAGUCACCGAAGUUGUGGAGGUGUGUGACCUCCAACAACCACCACCUGAAUUUGAUGGCCAAGUGGAUGUUGAUGACUUCUGGCAUUCUGUGAGCCAAGAAAUUCUUUGUCGAGGCUUUGUGAAGAGUAAUGCUGCAAAUCCAUGUGUCAUAUCACCAUCCUACCACAAAUGGGCACCUUGGAUAGGACCACACACCAGGGCAAACAACUUGUUAUUAAACACAGAAUAUCAGAAGGGUCAAUGCAGCAAGCGGGCAAACUCUGCAGAACAGGCCGAGAUGGAUAUAUCUGAGGACAGAUUGAUUAAUGAAAUUAUCAACUUGAAGGUUGAUGCAGUGCGAAAGCUGGCCAAACAAUGUGGCCUUGAGUCCACGGGUUCCAAAAUGGAUCUUGUCAUCAGGUUGAAAGAGCAGAUGAAAAGUCGCAGUGCUUUUGACAAGGUCUUUUCCAAAGUGUGGGGUGCAUCUGGUGGCUGGGCAGUUAUAAUGUGCCCCUGUGGAAUCGUGAAUUCUAUGAAGUUCAAUGUGAGGGCAGAAAGUCCGAGGGACUAUUGUGAUAUGUUGCUAUCAUUUAAGCACUUUCCUAAUGUAGUCAUCUAUGAUUUUGCAAGAGGUUUGGCCACGCACACAAACCUGCGUGAACCUUUAAAAAUCCCCUUUAUGCCAAACGAAGGCAGACUUGCUGAUGCCACGCCAGAACACCUUCAGUCUGCCCAGAAAGGUGAUCUGAAAGUAAACCUGCCAUGGUUGAAGGUUCAAAAGGAGCGUGCAGACAGCAAUGCACACCCCUCUACAGGUUCAGCUGAACACUAUGCUCUGUAUGACACUUUCCACGAGGCCAACACCAGAGAAGUAAAAGACUGCUUGAGGAAAAUUUCACUGGUACCCGAACUGCACGGUUCGGUGAAUUCUCAAGUAGCAGAGCAGUUGUUCUCCAAAAUGAGGAAGAAUAACUACUUUCUAAAUAUGAUGUCUCCGGGGAGCCAUAUCUUUCUCAUGCGCGCUAUCAUUCAUCAUCACAAUACCAUGUUGAAUGAGAACACCCUGGGCGACAUUCAUAAAAUAUCAUCAGCAGAUAUCACACUGGAUUCAUCUGGGAAGGCUGUAAUGGGUUCGUAA